AUGGGCGCUGGUGAGACCGGGAAGGUGGUCAAAGUUAUCUCGGAGCAGAUUGAUGGGUCCGACUAUGAGGCGAUUAGAUACCCCGCCAGCUUCGAAAAUCCUAACUACUUUCUAUCUGUUGGAAAUGGCACCAGGCUCCUCAAAGAAAUCAUCACAGAGUAUGCGAGGGCGUGUCCUGACUCCAAGAUGGCAGUCUUUGGCUACUCCCAGGGUGCUCAAAUAACUAGUAAUAACUUUUGUGGACAGCCACCAAUCUGGUCACCGUACUCGGGUAUUGAUGUGACGGAUAUCCAUGGGCUCGUGGAGUUUGCAAAGCCUCUGCCCAAGGAGGUUACAAAGAAUGUUGUGGCCGUUGUGCUCUUUGGUGACACAACUCACCGAAAGGACGCUUCAUACAAUCGCGGGAACUCUACGGGCAGUGGUAUCUACUGGCGUGCAGAUAUUAGCGCCUGCGAAGGCCUCGGCAACCGCAUUCGAUCAUACUGCGAUGCCGGCGACCCGUUUUGCGACGUGAAUAUGGAGCCCAAGGGUAACCCACAUUUGGAAUACGUGUACCACUAUGGCAACGAGGUCGUCGAAUAUGUAAUUGAGCAGUACAAGAGCGGCUCGAGCAACAGCUCGGGCACCAAUGUUGGUUCGCCGUCCUCGCCUACUCACGCACCCAUCCAAAUUAGUGGAGCGAACGGAAUUCUGUCAGUACCCGUUUCGGCGAUCGCCAUUGUUCUGCUAGUAUCAAGCAUGAUGUAA